UCUAGUUUUGUACAAAUUGGAAAUGAGUCUGUGACUUGCUUUAUUAUUAUUAUUUUUGGGGUCGGGUUCAUCACGCCACUGCACUUUAUUGUGGCGCCGGAAGUUGAGUACCGGAAGCUCAGUGUGUUCCCAUGAUAGCUGCCUUGCCGACAGGCACUCCCCCCAAAAAGUGCGACCGACCUUCCCUCCUUCCCUCCUCCUUCCUUCUUUCGGAGUCCUCUUCCGCUCGCCGACGUGUGCACCGUUUUUGGUUUAAAAAAAAAAAAAAAAAAAAAAUGUUUUCCUGCGGCAUCUCGGCCGCGUUGCUGCUGCUGCCGCUGGUGCGCUGGGCAGGCUGCAACCCGAGCCCGCUCGGGGACGUGGUGGUGGUCAGCCACUUCGUCCCCGCGACGUGCACGCGACAAGCCCAAGACGGAGAUCAGGUCCGCUAUCACUACAACGCCACUUUUGUCGACGGGAAAACUUUCGAUUCCAGCUACCAGCGAGGGGCCGCCAAGGUGGGCCUCCUCGGGGAGGGUCGCCUGAUCGCCGGCAUGGAGAAAGGUCUGCUGGGCAUGUGCGUCAACGAGCGGCGGAGCGUCACCGUGCCCCCACACCUGGCCUACGGCAGCGACGGGGCAGGUGACGUCGUCCCGCCGGACACCACGCUGGUCUUCGACAUCCUCCUGCUGGACCUGUGGAACAAAGCGGACCUGGUGGUCACCAAGACCAUCAGCACCCCCAAAGACUGCAAGCGCUCUGUGAUGCGCGGCGACUUCGUGCGCUACCACUACAACGGCACCCUGCUGGACGGCGCCGCCUUCGACUCCAGCUUCGUGCGGAAGCAGACUCGCGACUCCCUGGUGGGCGAAGGCUGGCUGGUCAAGGGCCUGGACGAGGGCCUGCUGGGCAUGUGCGUGGGCGAGAUCCGGAAUAUCCUCAUCCCGCCCUUUAAAGGCUACGGAGAAAAAGGCUCAGGCGUGGAGGUGCCCCCCCACGCCACUCUGGUGUUUGACGUCCUGCUGGUGGACGUCCACAACCCCAAGGACAACAUCACCGUUGAGGACCAGGCGGUCCCCGAGUCGUGCAGCCGCAGGUCCGUGGCGGGGGAUUACGUCCGCUACCACUACAACGGAACCUUCCUGAAUGGCGUCACCUUCGACACCAGCUACCAGAGGAACACCACGUACAACACUUACAUCGGGAUGGGCUACGUCAUCACAGGGAUGGACCAGGCCCUGCUCGGGGUCUGCAUGGGCGAGCGGAGGAGGGUCAUCAUCCCGCCGCAUCUCGCGUACGGAGAAGGCGGCGCAGGCAACGUGAUCCCGCCGUCCGCCGUGCUGGUCUUUGACGUCCACAUCGUGGACUUCCACAACCCCGGCGACAAAGUGGACGUGCAGGUCCUCCACCGGCCGCCGGAGUGCAACGAGACCACCGAGCAGGACGACCUGGUCCACUACCACUACAACUGCACCCUGGUGGACGGCACUCGCCUCUUCUCCUCCCAGGACUACGAGACCCUCCAGAACGCGGUGGUGGGGGCGGACAAGGUGAUCGACGGGCUGGACCAGGCCUUGCGGGGCAUGUGCGAGGGCGAGAGGCGGCUGGUCACCGUCCCGCCUCACUUGGCCCACGGAGAAAAAGGAGCCCCGGGCGUGCCGAGCAGCGCCGUGCUGGUGUUCGACAUCGAGAUGGUGCGCUUGCAGAAGGGCGUGCCGCCGGGUUACCUGUUCGUGUGGCUGCAGGACACGCCCGAAGAUCUGUUCCAGGCCAUGGACGUCGACAAGGACGGCGCCGUGGCCCAGCAAGAGUUCGCCGACUUUAUCCAGCUUCAGGUGUCAGAGGGCAAAGGUCGCCUCAGGCCCGGGGCGCCGGCGGAUCAGGUGAUCGCCGACAUGUUCGCCAACCAGGACCGCAACAAAGACGGGCGCAUCACGGCCGAAGAGCUCAAGCUGAAGGUAGACGAGGACACGGAGCGGGCGGAACACGACGAGCUGUGAUCGACCGACCGAUCGAUCGAUCGAUCGGUUGGUCGGCGGCCGCCGCUCUCCUGCUGUUGUCUCAGGGACAAACGUCAACACUUUAAGGACACGCACGACAGACAUUUUCUUUUUUGUUUUUGUGAUGUUUGUCUUAUUCUGUGUUGGGCGUGUAAGACGAGACAAAGAAAGCACCCGGAAAGUCACACCAGGCAAAAUUUUACAGUCACACUUUAAACUUCAGAUAAUACCGCAACAUCCGUUUGGUAUUAAAUAUAACACGCGGAAAUGUCAAUUGUCAUUUUCAUUGGAACAUUACAAUCAAUAAGGUUGCACUGACCAAAGAAAAACAUUUAAGUGUGAAAACAUUUUUCUAUAUAUCUUGUUUUUUUUUUUUUUUUAAAUCUGGAGAUGUGCACUUUUAAAUUUUGAACAUGAGACCAUUGUUUUUUUUUUU